GAGUGUCGGCGCGGAGCGAGCCAGAAUGCGGGCCAGUGCGCAUGCGCCGGUAAACAAGCGAACGUCUGCCCCAGCAGGCAGCGGGAGGGGUACGCACGCACGCUUGAACUUUCGGCUUCAGCCAUCAGCCAACCAGUCGUUCGCGCUGUGGGGGCCGGGAAUGGAGUUUGCGAAGAGUUGAGUAGAGGCGGUGUUGUGCCGUGUGCGUGUGUGAGCGACACCUGCUGUUGGUUUUUUUUUUUUCAAGAACCUUUUUGAAAACCACGGUACAGCGUGUGCAGUGAUCUCGGCACGCCAUUGCUGGUUAUCCCAACGACCGACUGCGCGGUGAGGAUGUCUGGCUACCAGUCCGGCGGCAUGGCGGGGGAGAUGUGGGUCCAGUGGUUCUCGUGCUGCAUCAACCAGCCGGCGGCGCAGCAGAGGAAGCGGCGGACGAGGCAGCGGAUCGACCGGUCCAUGAUCGGCGAGCCGACCAACUUCCAGCACACCGGCCACAUCGGCUCGGGAGACGUGGACAUGGGCACCUCGCACCUGCGCGCGCUGCAGAACCAGAUGCAGUCCAAGGGCGGCUACGAGACCGCCUUCCCCGUCAAGGCAUGCUAGAAAAGACUGCUCCUCAGACUGUAAUAUAUUUACUUUGUAAAUAGACGGUGUACAUGCCGGCUGUUCGGAAUGGCAGUGCUGUGUGUUUGAACCAAGAUGGUGAUUUUAUUAUAGUGUUGUGUGUGUGUGUAUUAGUUACUGCGUAUAACUGGUUAAAAAUGUUCUGAUUCCUUAUCCCUGAAAAUUUUAAUGAACCUUAAUGUAUACCUGUGUUGUUUAUUUGUAAACCAUUUGUUUUAAAUUGUAAUGAGUGAUUCUUAAAAUACUUACACAUGUGUACUGGUAUAGAUGCACAUUACUCAUAAAUGAACAUUUACCUAACUAUUAGCACAUGUUAAGAUAUGCAUUAUUGUGUUACUGUGGUAGGUUUGAUUGAAAACUGUUAGUGCAGUAUUGGGUAGUACAAUACUAGGCAAACUGGUGGUUCUGUAAUUUUUUUUUGUUUUUUAGUUUUAGCCUACAAAGACACGGUAUCAUUUUAGCUAAGUUCCUUUUGUAGUAUUGAACAAACUUGUUUUUUAAAUAUAAAUACUAGGUAAGAUUUUUCAGAACAUCUCUCUUCUUGUCACAUUCAAAGAUCUUAUAUGGUAAGAACAUUGUCUGAAUUAUAUUUCUCUUUUCAUAUUUGUGCCUUAAAGGCACAGAGAAAUACUUAAUAAUUCUUUCAAUUAUACAUCCCUGAAAAUUUAUUUCUUAAAUUUUAGCAGCUGUCAAAUAGUAACUACCUAGACAAUCCAGAUUUAUUGUGAUAUAUGUUGGCUAAAGUUCAAUUAAGAAAUACAUUUUAGUAGUUGGUAGUUCUGUGACGGUGAUGUAAAUCUUACAACACUUCAUAUAUAUUUAUUCUCUUUUGGAAUUUUAUUGGAAGAAUGUAAAAUCUUUCUUGGUCACUUGGGGAAGAAAAAAGAAACUACAUUAACUGCAGUUCACUAUUUUCAUUUAUUAUCAAACAAGAUGUAAUUCAUUUUUUUUUGUUAUUUUGCUUGUGGUAAUUUAUGUAUGAGAUGGAUUAUAACUUAUCUUAUUUUAAUUAAUUGUUUUAAUGCAUGUGUAAGUGGUGACCACAACAUUUUGUCAUUGAAUUGUAUUUCUGGGUUUUUUAAAAUGUGCAAAAUUUUGUGUGUGUGUGAAAUUUAAUAAUUUAAUGUUGAUUGUAUUUUUACUCUCUUUAUGCCCAAAAAUACCAAAGAAGAUGAAAAACUAAGUACUUUCUGAGAUGAAUUUAUCAUAACUUGGAUAUUAAGCACUACAGUAAAUGUCUGACUAAAAAAUGAACAAGAUGAUAUACAACUAUUAAAUGACAUAUUAAACAUAACUAUUCUUCAGGUAUCUCCCAGUUUAAAAAUGUAAAUACACAGUGUAUAGUUAAAAUUUAUUUUAAGCUUUAUGUAUAGAAAUUUGUGUUUGAGUUUUUUAAACUGUAUUAUUACAGAUAAUUUAUUGUUGUCUUUGAAUAAUUUCCAAGUAAAAUUGUUUUUAUUCAUGUAGUUUAUCCUGGUAUAUUUGGUAUUAGUUAUUUGAGUUAUAUAACUUAAUUUUGGCUCUACAGAGAUUUAAAAUUAGUAAAUUCAUUCAAGUUUUCAAGUAUUUAUACACUUUAGUUACUUUGAAAUUUGCAACAGCUGCAACAAAGGAUUUUUUUUCCCUUUGUUUUAAAUGUUUUGUUUAGGACAUUACAAGUAUUGCAUUCAGUAACUCGGUAUAAUUUAGAGUUCCUUGAAAGCAAAAGCUGAAAUACAACACUCAAACAUUAAUUAUAUGCAAAUAUGUUAAAAUUUUAGCUAUGUAGACUCUAAAUAAUAUUGCUGUUGUAGUGUAAAGUUAGUUAUAAAAAAUUGUGAAAAAUGUGUGGUUAAAAAUGUAAUGAAGUAGAAAUAUAAUGAUACCUUUAUUGUAUUUGUACCACUACUGUACUGUUGCUGUGAGAAAUUCUUUUACAUUGAUAACCUGUAAUGUGACUACUCCUGUUCUACAAGUAUUGUUGCAGAUGAUGUAUUAAAAUAAAAAAAACAGUAUUUUGAAAA